AUGAAGAUGCCAGAGAACGGGCCAGCGAUGGCCACUCUGAGAUUCACCAGCAUCGUAGUUUGUGCCGUCUUACUGGGACGAGGAUGUCCUGAGAAGACGGGAAGUGGUCAAGAGGACCAACGAGAUGCCAUUCUUAAGGACAUCAUCUCAAAAUGGAGUAAAGGAGGUGGUUGGAGUCCUCAGACAGCUCCUCCAGAAACAACCAAGGAGGACCAGUCUGUGCACCCGUGGGUGAGGAAUAUCAUGGGGGGUCUUAAAUCCCUGGGUCUUUUUCCCAGCAAGAGUCUGGCGUCGCUGAACAAGCCGAUAGACAGACACAGACUCUCAGGCUUUCUCUACAACAUCUCCCUGUAUCUCCAAGAGAUGGGUGCGGAGCUGGAGGAGGCGCCGGCGGAGCCAGACGAGGAUCAGCUCUGGGAGAAGGUGCUCCAUUUCCUUCUCCAGUCUGAGGGCGGUGCCACGCUGAACCAGUGGAACGGACGCGUACCACCGCGCCCCAGCCUCAAAGUGCAGGACUGGUUUUUGUCCCUGAGGGGAAGUCCUCACUGGGACUGGUUCCUGGGACUGUUGCAGAGUCUGAUCACUCUGUCAGAGCGUCAGCCGCACCGGCCUCUCUUGACUUUAUUAACUCAGAACUGGAGGACUGUGAGCGCUGUGCUGGAGGCCGCGCUUCAAGCUCUGGUCAGUGGGACGUACGGUCAGGCCAGUGCGGGCCUGCAGGGCUUCAUCUGUGCCCUGAAGGGUCGUAGUGACUGCACCUUCAGUGUCAGCUGGCUCCAGCAGCUGCUGCGCUUCUUUGAGACGCGCAGCUGGAAGCCUGUGGUCAGCAUACACCCAGCAGGACAAGGAGCUGAGCACAGUAAGGACUCCAGCGCGUUUGGACGCUUGAAGCCCUUCAGUUUGCCUCCUGAGGCCAUGAUGCAGGACGGACUGUCUGGAAAUGCAUCAGUGGAAGAGAAGACGGCCGCCCAGGAUGAUCCAGACUUUGUGCAAAGUUUACUGCUGCAGGCGUUGUCGCGGUCACGUGGAGGAGAGCAGGGAGGCUACCUGGCGCAGCAAAAUGUGGCUCUUGUUCAGAGUUUGGACGGGCUGAGGAGGGGCCUCCUGCACAGGGUGGGCAGCUCUGUGUACGGCAACCUGAGGAAGAAAGUGUCACGUGUUACCAUGGCACUGCUUGACGAUGUCAGCAGCUUCGUGGAUGUGUCACAGCCCAACGCUCACGGCCGGUGCUCUGUUGGUGACCUGAGGCAGCUGAUCUUAUGGGGGAUAAGACACAAUGUGACGUGGAACACCCAGGCUUUAGGCGUCAGUUCCCAUGGUCUCCCGAGCUCACUGCCGUUCCUGUCCUGCCCGUCCACUGAAGAAGCGGAGGUCAGAUCACAGCAACCACAGGCCCGUUCUUCACCGACGCUUUCCAGACAAAACCGCCUCCUCGAUCUCGCCAGUGCACAAACGGAGAGGACCGGCCACCCGAAAGACACCGAGUUCUCCACCGCGACAGAAAUCCUGGAGGCGGCGUGUAACGAGUCCAUCCCAGGCUUGACGGGCGUCUCCAACUUUACUGUGUACCUCUACUGCAAGCUGUUUGACACGGAGAACGGGUCGGUCCAUCCCGCAGGGGCUCAGGUGGGGCUGGACUUGCACGCCACGUGCUCGGACGCGGCUUGGUACCUGUCUGCGGCCGAGGACGAUUUCCUCUGGGUCCACGUCUGCAGUGAGUUCUUUGCCCACGAGUUCAACAACACCGUGUGUGCCAACUCCUCGUUCUGGCUGCAGAGAGCACAUCAGGCUGCAGCGACAAAGGACUACAGUUUUUUUAACCAGUCAAACAUAGACGACCUGUGUGUGCAGCUGUCAGCUGAGGCCACAGGAAGCCCAGGACUCGAUGAGAGUUGUUUGGCUCAGUUGGGCAGCAGGUCCCUCAGUGCCCGGGACUUCACACACUGCUUCCUCCCAAACAACUCCGUCCUCAUCUCGGCUUUGUGCGGCAGUGAUUCUCUGGACUCGCACAGACCGCUCUCGGAGCCAAGCUGGGCCGCCGUGUACUGCUCCAAAGUUCUCAACUUCUCCCAUGCUGACAGCACUGAGGAGGCCUGUCAGUACCGGGAGUGGGCUGCGCAUCGUUUCACGAACACCACUCUCCUGGAGCUCUGCGGGCACACACACGGCCUGAAAGAGUACAUGUGUCUGAAUGUUACACUGUACAGUCAGCUGGUACGAUCAGUGCCUCAGUUUGCAGAGUUCUGUGCUGAUUUGCAGACGGAUCUCGAGGGCAGGAAGUGUUUCCUACAGAGAUUUUUUGACAUGCUCCCAGCACGGUAUGAAUUUGACACAUCGCAGCUGUGCGUGGACCCGGCCCCGCUUCUGGUCGAUGUUCUGCACAAGCUCAGCGUGUGCGAGGUGGAGGGAAGCGAGCGUGAAAGGUUCUUAGUGGCGCUGGGAUACGUUCUGCGAGUGUUGGACUUCAUGGUGGGCCUCUCGUCGGGUCUGGAUGAAGGGGAAAGGGAGGCGAGGCAAGGUCUGGGCCAGGCCAUCCUCCUCUCCAGUCUCCUCGAUAACACGUCCUGGGCCGCGCUGCAGCCGGAAGCCUCCAUGAGCGUCCUUCACACUGUGGGAGUCUUUCUGCGCAGAGAGCAGAACACGUCUCUGAAAGAAGACCUGCUGAGCUGCUUCAGUCCUGUCCUGUGGGACCUGAUCCAGAAGGACAACAACUCUUCAGCUCUCAGGGUUCUGAUGCAGGAGUACCUCCAGAUGCCGAGGGACAGCAUUCGCACUCUUGUGAUGUCUGCUGAAAAGGAUGCAGUCAAGAGGUUUCUCUCCCAUAUGCAUCGGAGCUGGAACCAGCUGCAAGUUGAAACUAGCCAGGCGUCUCAACAAGAGCUGCAAGCCAUGGAGACGAUGACCGCCGCGUUCAUCCACAAGUUCCCGCGCGUCACCCCGGAACUGUUUGUGGACUUGUCUCAGUUCAUUCCCUUCAUGUCUGUCCCGGACAUCAUGAGUUUCCCGACCUCUCUGAUCAUCAACGACAGCGUACUGACCGCCAUCCGUGACCACAGCUCUGGGAUGAAGUCGCUGCAGAAAAGGGCCUUUGUGAAGAGACUCCUGCAGUCCAGUGUGGUGGGCGACGUCCCCACGUGGCCACCGUACUUCCUCAGUUCCAUCCUCCCGCUCCUGCCGUACCUCCCCGUCAGUCGUUUUCAGCAACUGACGUCACAACAGCUUGCUCCUCUGGUGGAGUUGCUAGGCAACGGCAGCCUGGAUGGUGUAAGGGGGCGCCAUGUGCUUCGCACCCUCCUCAACAGGAAGAAGAACCUCACCAGUGAUAACAUACUGAGGUUAGGAGUCCUCGCCUGUUACCUGGAUCCAGGAGACCUGGGUUCAUAUGUGCUGGACUCGGCUGUGUCCUCUGCUCUGUGGCAGCAGCUGGCUCAGUGUAUGUCAAAGGGCUUCAUCAGUGACAGCGGGCGAUUGUCCUCAUGGUUGACACCGGCUCUUCAGACCCUGAAUGUCAGCACCAUGGCGGAGCUCUCUGCUCUCAGUGCCCUGCUGCCUCAGCUUGGAGCUCCCUUCCUGCUGUCGCUCCCCUCACAGCAGCUCCUGGAAAUCCUCUCACAGCCAGGAUUACACAGAUACUCCCCAGCACAGGCGUUUCAGCUGCUAACUAAGCUUUCCAAGGACACAAAUCUCACUGUGGAACACCUGUGCAGACUGAAGCUGUUACUCUCUGGACUCUCGCCUGCUGUGCUCAGAGGCGUCCAGUGGUCAGAGAUCAGCGAGCCUGUCCACUGUCGGUGCUGGACGACGCUGUUAGCGGAGCUGAAGCCUGGCCACAGGGCCAUGCUGUAUGAUGCAAUGCAGGAGGUUGUACUCAGAGACCUGCAGAACCUCACACUGCAGCGAAACUGUCUUCUACCGUUUGUGCCUCUGAGGACGCUGGGAGACGCCACGGAUGGAGAAACAGUCCUGAGACAAAUUAGCCUGUACCGGGACGCUCUCUGGUCACAACAGCAGGCUCAGCUUCUGUUUAGAAAAAUCCAUGAAUUUACGAACGUGACCAGCAAGUCAGUGCGGGCUCUGGGUCAAAUCGCUGGUGGAAUGAGCUGCGACUUUUUGAGGCUUUGGACCAACGGCACAGAUUUUGCCGAGUUACUUCAGUUUGUUAGUGACCUGCCUGGAACCAUGAGGCCGGCCCUGCGCAAAUGCAUCAUCGGGGAAAUGAGGAAACAGCCCGAGCUUGACCUCACUGUUUUGGACUCUGGGUUUGCUGCGACAUUACCCGUGACGAUGAUGGAGAACUUCUCUAAUGCAUCCUUCAGAGCCAUUCUGGACCACAUCCAGGCACAUUUUGCCGAAUUCCUCAAACUGCCACAUUACAAGCAGACGAAUUUAGCUGAGAAGGCCAAGGCUGAGCUGGCUGACGCGGGGAUUGACGGCGCCAUGCUGGACGUCCUGGGGCCCUUACUGCCUUUCUUGGAUCGUGACAGUUUGUCUCAGGUGGACAGAGGAGCUGUGGCUCUGCGGCUGGAGGAGAUGAGAAGUUUCUGCCUUCCUGAAGAGGCUCUCAGAGAUAUCAGUGCCCUGCUCACUCACAAUGACUUGCUUGGGGAUCCGUCCAAAUGGCAAGUUGGGGAUGUUGAACAUUUGGGCAGGUUGGUGUUUUCACUCUCAACAAAGCAGAUCAACGCCAUCCCACUGACGGUGCUGAACAAAGACACGGUGGAACAGGUCCUGAUGGGUCAAAGGAACUGGGAGAACAGUGCGGUGGGCGGAGUGUGCAUCAGUCAGUGUAUGGACCAGCAUCACCAGAGACGGCAGACCCAGAGUCUCGUCAGAGGGAUUGUCAAAGCACGGAGCAGGAGGGCAAAAGUGCCAGUUCCGAGCUGCGCAGACAUCAGAGGGACGUUACCUUCGGCUUGGACGUCCACUCAGCUCAGCCGUAUAUCUCAGCAGGAUCUGAAACAGUGUGUGGAGGUUCUCGGUCAAGACAAUUCUCUGAGCUCUGAGCAGCGACGCUCGCUGUGGAUGAAACUCAGACAGUCUUUCAGUCCGGUCAGAGAACUGAGAGCAGACCAGGUCUUGGCUCUGGGCUCGGUGGUGACGGAGAUGGGAGAAAGAGAACUGCAGGAUGCAAAUCUCACUGACCCGGGUGUGUUGACACAUCUGGGGACACUGAUGGACUGGAGCCAGAAAAAGAUGAGAGCUGUGGUUUUAGGUGUGAUGCGGAGACGCAAGCUGAAGGUGGAAGAGAUGACUUUUGUCGAUCUGGUGACAUUUGGUCAUCUGAUCUGUGGUCUGUAUCCAGCCGAGAUGAAAAGACUGAGCCCAUAUAGCCUCAGUGUGGCCGCCUUCUUCUUACGGGAGAUGUCCCUGCCUUGCACUGACCAGCAGAUGGAAGCACUCACAGGUUGUUUGUCCAGACCAGAGGCCUUUGGGCCAGUCAGUGCUUGGGCACCAGAGGUUUUCACUGAAAUUGGAACACUGGCAGCGGGUCUGGAGGAUAUAGUGCUGUCAGCUCUGGUACAAGAACAAGUGGAAGGAAUGUCCCCCGCAGCCAUUGCCCUGAUGCCUCCAAAGAAGAUGGCAGUGGUGUUCAGUGCAUUUCACCUGUCAUGGCUGACUGUGGAGCAGGCGUGGGCUGUCACCGAGGAGCAGUGGGCCGAGCUGGACACUGGGCAGAGACACGCUGUGGGACUGGCUCGGUAUGAAGGAGACGUCCUGCUGGAGAAGAGAGGAAGAAACAUGGCUCCGGCGGCCCUGAACACACGCAGCCAUGCUCUCUGCUCGCUGGCUCUGUGCCUCUUGUUGUGGAAACUCAUUUAAAACACUGAAAAGAUUGAACUGACCACUGACCUCCCUUGGUGUCAUUGUAUUUGUAAAUCAAAUAAAUAUUUUGAACUG